CCACCACCGCUUUUAUUCCCCCAACCGCUUCGCUCGGUUUCCUGCUCUUCGAGCCGCUCUCUGACAGAUAAUGACCGGGAGUGUCGCCGUCGGCCGCCGCUCACGUUCCAUAAUUCGAGCCGGGUCUGGUUCUAUUGUGUCGGCGCUGUCAGCCCGCUCCCCCCGCUGUGCGCAGUCCGCCGGGAGGCAGCGGAGGCGACUAACGUACCGCCGCCCCCGUCUGCCUCCUCUCCUCCCGCCUCACUCUCACUUUCUCCCCAUGCUAACAGCAGCUAGCUCCGUUAGCCCAGUUAGCUCCGUUAGCCCCGUUAGCUCCGUUAGCUUGGUGAGCUGUAGCCGCCGUGAGAUAAACAAGAUGGCCACUGGCUAGCUCCUCUGCUAGUGAGACAUGGCAGCCUGCCCUGUCUUUGUACGGUGGAAAAGCGCCGUUUAUGCCGUUUUGUGGCCUGUCAGCGGCGGGUUCCGCUUCCACCGGGACAAAUGCCGACAGUUGAGCAGGUGUGCGGCCGAAGCGGACUGUGAGGUCCUGCGGUGGGGCACACGGACCCCCAGGAAAAAAAGAAACACCGCCAGAUUGUUGCAGUCUGAGCUGCGUGGCGAGAGGGAAAGGGCACCUGGGCGUCCGAGGGGACAGGUCGGUCCCAGUCGGGUGUCGGUGACGGCUCACCUUCUGUCAUUGGAUUGACCUCAGGAGGCUCUCAGGGACACGCCCCCUCCCCUGCCUGUGGCUCCUCCCCCUCAGCAGGUAGACCGGGAUCAGAGGAGGACUGGAAGAAGGAGUACUGGUUGACCUCGGCGUGGAGCUGAAGCCCCGCCCCUCACCAUGACGGACUUGGAGACUGAGUGUCUCAGUCUGGGUCUGCCCCCCGAAUGCGGUUCCCCUCCCCCUCCUCUAGACCCCUCCCUCCAGGUGGAUUGUGGGGCGGGGCCGGCCGGAGCCCCUCCCCCGACGCUCGCCCUGCUGUCGUCGGACUGUCCCACACCCACGCUCAGCUCACUGGCAGCAGAGAUCGCGGAGCCGCUGGUGAUGCUGCCGUGUGUGAAGAGCGAGCCAGAGGAUGGCGACCUGGAUCCGAUCCGGACCGUGGACCUGUCCGAGAUCCAGCCACUGUCCACCGCCGAACUGGGCCAUGACCAGAUCAAGAUGGAGAUCAGUGGCCUUGACUACAUCAAGUCUGAGCACCACGGUCACCACGGCAACCACCACCUGGGCCCCUUCCACCACGGCGACGUCACCGAGCUGGACUACAAGUCGCACUACGAACCCAGCUCUGUGUUUGACUACAUCUCCCAGGUCACAGAUACAUUGGAGUACAUAAAGUCGGACCAUCAUGUAGACCUGCAGUGUUACUACGCCGCGGAAUUGGGCUGCCUCAAAGGCGAGUACCCCGAGUCCAACGCCAUGUCCACUAACGGCCUGGAGUCCAUCCACAUGGCCGAACUCCGCACGGAGCUCAACAAGCUCCGCCCCGACCCCAUGCUCAUGGACGGCCUUGGCAAACUGGAGCCCGAGUUCGGGAGCGCGGGGGGGCUGUAUGAGCUGCAGUCAGCCCACGACGGUGAGGCGGGCAGCGGGGCGGCAGUAACGACUAAAACCCAGAGUCCGACUGUGAGGAAGCCUCGGAACAUGCAAGGUGAGAAGCCGUUCUCGUGCACGCAAUGCGGAAAGAACUUCAGUACGCUGGGGAACUUGAAGACGCACCAGCGCAUCCACACCGGCGAGCGGCCGUACACCUGCUCACAGUGCGGGAAGAGCUUUGGCCAGGCCGGGAACCUGAAGCGCCACCAGCUGAUCCACACGGGCCAGAAGCCGUACGUGUGCGCCCACUGCCCCAAAGGCUUCACCAAGGCCGACGACCUGCGCUCCCACCAGCGCCUGCACACCGGAGAACGCCCCUUCAUCUGCGCCACCUGUGGGAAGAGCUUCGGUCAAUCCAAGGAGCUGAAGGCGCACCAGCUGAGCCACACCGGCGAGCGGCCGUUCUGCUGCCAACACUGCGGGAAGAGCUUCACCAAGGAGACCAGCUACCGCAACCACGUGCAGAUCCACACGGGCGAGAAGCCCUUCACCUGCUCGCAGUGCGGCAAGACUUUCAGCAACUCGGGCGUCUUAAAAACCCACGAGAAGAUCCACUCUGGCGAGCGGCCAUUUGGCUGCACGCAGUGCGGGAAGAGUUUCGGCCGCCUGGGCCACCUGAAGGCGCACCAGCAGAUCCACACGGGGGAGCGGCCUUACGCCUGCCCCCACUGUGGGAAGACUUUCAGCCAAUCGGGUCACCUCAAAGCCCACGAGCAGAUCCACAAACGGGAGCGCGUGGACACGGCGAGCACCAGCAGCAACGGCAGCAGCAGCAGCGCUGUGGGCAGCGACAGUAGCUAAAGACCAUCCACACCCUUUAACCUCUCGGAAAAACAAAGUAUUAUUCCUCUUUUUUAUAAAUACUAUAUCUAAUUUUGUUUCCUUCUGGGUUUUUUUGUAAAUUUUCAUACCUUUUGUGCUCUUUUGCAUAUAUAUGUGGGCAGGGUGGACUCGACUGAUUUGCUCUUAUGCAAGUGUCUGUGUGUGCGUUCAUGUAUGUUCAUGUAUGUACUGUGUGUCUGUGGGUGGGCGGAGCCUCUCUGGUCUGAACCGAAGGACCGCCCCUCGGUCCGGUCCGACGUACAGAGCACAAACCCUGAUCCAGACCAGCAGCUCGGACUCGACUGAGCCCCAUUUCCUCCACAGUCGGAUUGAGUCUGAAAGCAGCACUUAACCACGAACGCAUCACGCCGUCGAUGCAAGUCCAUGUACGUUCUGUCUGAAGCUGAAAGGCCUUUACUCUGAGGAGCCGUCAGGUUACAGCCCUGUUUCAGAGCUCUUUCAGCCCUGUUUCAGCACUCUUUCAGUGCUCUUUCAGCCCUGUUUCGGUGCUCUUUCAGCCCUGUUUCGGUGCUCUUUCAGUCCUGUUUCAGUGCUCUUUCAGCCCUGUUUCAGUGCCCUUUCAGCCCUGUUUCGGUGCCCUUUCAGCCCUGUUUCAGUGCUCUUUCAGUCCUGUUUCAGUGCUCUUUCAGUCCUGUUUCAGUGCUCUUUCAGCCCUGUUUCAGUCCUGUUUCAGGGCUGUUUCAGUGACGGAGCAUUUAAGGACCUCCUCUGCAGUAUUCUGUUUCUUUAGUCGUCUUCUCUCCAGCUCAGCUGCUGUAACACAAACCUCAUGUGUUUGAUGCUCAGUGUUUCAGUGAACCCUCUGUUUCCGUGAACCCUCCGUAUCAGGGGUCGUCACAGGUCAAACACACACCCAGUAUUUCCAGGUUCCACUGGUUUUAACCCCUUUAACACCGGGGUUGUUGAGUCUCAUGCAUUUACUGGUGGUAUCGUCGCAUUUCCAAACCCUGCCACCGCCAUCCCACUGUGGUCAUGUGACGCUCACUGACCAAUCAGAGUUAAACUGAUGGUCAUGUGACAGCCUGUAACGGAGGGUGAAUGUGAAGCAGCAGUGUUCGUCCUGUAGAGCUGUUGAAUCUGUUUACAAACCAUGUGCCAUAACUGCAGCGUGGGGCUUCUGGGAAAUGGAGUUCAUGAACCAAAGUGAGGACCGGCAGCAAGUCCCGGCUCCGUCCACAUGAUGUGUCCACAGGCUUAAAGUGUCUCUAAAAUGGACACAUUUGGUAACGCUACUGAUGCCGGUUUAGUGGAAGUCCUGCUUAUGCAUUUUCUGACCUGUUGAAGACCUCAGGUGACGUUUAAAAAACAGACAAACGAGAGUCUAAUGGAACGGAACCAGGUUUAGAGGUGCAAACACUAACACUGCCCUGGGAGGAAACAGAAAACACUGUCCUAGUGUUGAACUCUCUGGGAUCGUACAGGUCCUCUAGUCACCUACAGACCAUAAUAUGCACAGUGUCCUUGUAAUGUCACUAAGGUUUAUAGAUUUUAACUUUUUUUUAGUUGUAUUUUUUAUAUUUCAUAAACUUGAUUCAUAAACAAAAAUACCAAAAUACUCAAUAACUGUCAUAUUUUUAACCCUUUAAAUGUUUGUAAUGGAAACAAGACAUA